UUCUGUUGUACCUUUGCGACUAUAACUUCUUCCAUGAUUUAAUUCACGAUGAACACACGCAAGCUGCCGGUUUAGUUUCGUAGAUCGCUCGGUCUGUCUACAUGGAGCGCAUGCGGAUUAUCCUAUGAUCGCGACAACACUCUCUCUGCACGAUGACCACAGAUCUUUCGACACUCCCAUCACUAUCUCGCUAACAUCAUGGCUCCUCGCUAUGGCAAUCAGCCAUAUCAUCUCCAACAAAAUCACCUUCAGUCUCAUCAACAUGGCGCACUCCCUCCCCCUAAUCACCUUGGCACACCCUCCUUCGGCGCAGCCGGUUCGUCGAACGCGAGUCCCUUCGCACUAGCUGGAAAUCUAAACAAUGGUUUUGACCGGAACAUGCUGGACGGGGGACUUCUACCAAGCCAGAUGACGCAGAUGGGCUUUGCAAGAGGAGGGCCUGUACAAGCGCAUCAGAAUUACGAUGGCCUUGGUGCUCCCCUCGAGACUAAGGACGACGCUCGAAUCCGCAAUGUUUGGAAACACAAUUUGAAAGAAGAGAUGGCCACACUGAGACAGCUCGUCGAUUCAUACCCUUACAUCGCAAUGGAUACCGAAUUCCCGGGCAUUGUGGCCAGACCCAUUGGUCAAUUCACUACCAAGGCUGAUUACCACUAUCAGACACUACGUUGCAAUGUAGAUCUGCUCAAAAUGAUCCAGCUAGGCAUCACACUCUUCAAAUCAGAUGGGACUCUUCCCCCGCCCGACGCGGUUGCGCCUACGAAAUCACAAUACCACCCAAGCUUACUACCCACACCUUGCACCUGGCAGUUCAACUUCCGAUUCUCGCUAGAGACUGAUAUGUAUGCGCGAGAGUCGACCCAGAUGCUCACAAAGGCCGGGAUCGACUUUGAGAAACACGCGAAACACGGGAUAGAACCGGAGGACUUUGGCUCUUUGUUGGUCAGUUCUGGUCUCGUCCUGGAUCCAGAUGUACAUUGGAUUUCCUUUCACUCAGGCUACGACUUCGGUUACCUCAUGAAGCUGAUGAUAUGCAAGCCGCUCCCUGAAGACGAGGGUCAAUUCCACAACUAUCUCGAGAAAUUCUUUCCCUCACUCUUUGACAUCAAGUUCAUGCUCAAACAUGCCGGAGUCAGAGGACAGGUCAACAGUGGCCAACCUCUCACACAAGAAGCGGCAAUGAUGGUGCAACGAAUAAUGACAAAAUCCGGACUCCAAGACAUUGCUGAAGAACUUGCUGUGGCGCGGAUAGGUCAAGCACAUCAGGCUGGUUCGGACUCCUUGCUUACUGGGCAAGUGUAUUUCAAGAUGAAGGAGAAGAUCUUCAACGGGACCAUUGAAGAAGACAAGUACCGGUUACAAGUCUGGGGCUUGAAUGCGCAAAUGCCAACAGGAGGUGGGCCUAAUAUCCGUGAUUUCAGCACACCCAAUAUGAACGGGGCCACCUUCUACACCCAGAACGGAACGCCUUCUACCCCUCAGACAGGCAAUAUUGGUAUGGCGGGUGCUUCACAUACACCUGUGGCCCAUGGCCUGAUGGGAAACAUAACGCCAGGGGGUUUUGGGAAUUUUUCGUAUUCGAAGACGAUAAGUUAGCAUCCGUUGUCGGACGAAAAUGUCGAACUGGAGCCUUAUCCGCAUUACUGGUUGAUGGAGUUGGCGCAUGAGAUACAAAAGAAACCAUCCCAAGUCUCUCGAGGUGGUGGUCAUCGGCGCGGACCAGGCCAUGGUGGCAGAUCUGUCAAGGCAUUGGGUGUUCGACGGCCUACAGUUGAAUUAAUACCGCUUGCUGGUGGCGAUUCUCAGGCAAGGUCAAUAUGGGCUCUCACACCGCGAUGGGUGGGAGCAGUAAAGCGUGAGAUCAGGACAUGGUGGAACGGGAGUAAGUCGUGGUUCUAGAAACCACAAUGUUUGCUUUAGGAAUCUAGACAUGGUCUAGCUUGAAGUAUGCUGUUGACAAUGCAGAUAUGUCUCAGGAAUCUGGCUUCUGUAGAUGCUUUGAAGGACGACUAGGUGUUGUUUCCGUCACGUAGCUCCUCGAAGGCCGCGUCAGCCUUAUCAAAACUGAUAAGCGAAGAAUGAAGAUACAGCAUAUUUCAACAGUGUAUA